CACUACCACUAAGUUGCGGGUAGUGUUCAACGCGUCCUCGCGAGGCCCGGACGGUCUGUCGAUCAACGACACCCUGCUCAGCGGUCCGAAGCUGCAGCAGGACCUGCUCGCCAUCCUGCUUCGGUUCCGCGCCGGAGCAAUCGCUCUAACCGCGGAAGUGAAGCAGAUGUUUCGCCAGAUUUGGAUAAGCCCGGAGCAAUGCAACUACCAACGUAUCAUCUGGCGCUUCUCGGAGUCGGACCCCAUCCUCGACUAUCUCCUCAAAACCGUUACAUUCGGCUUUAGCGCCUCCCCGUUCUUGGCGAUCUAUUGUUUGCUCCAGUUAGCUCAUCAAUACCGCGAGAAAUAUCCUCUAGCGUUCACAGCCCUACUCGAGGCGCUGUAUGUGGAUGACGUCGUGACAAGCGUUCGGACGGUGGAACAGGCUCGCGCACUCCGCGACCAAUUGCUAUCGCUUCUCCGAAGCGCCGGCUUCGAGCUUCGAAAGUGGUCGAGCAGCCAUCCUGCCGCGCUGGAGGGCCUCGACCCGUAG